CUGAGAACUCCCCCAACGCAACACCUCCUUUUCUCUUCUUCUUCAUUUCUACCCUUCCCAUCAGCAAUAAUAAAACUACAUUCCACACACAAUGAAACUUUCCAUUGCCGCCAGCUUGCUUCUGAUCGCUGCCUCGUCGGUCUCCGCAGUCCCUAUGGUCACUCCUCCUACCUUCACUGACGGCAACCUGGCACCUAUGUUUACGUCUCCUGAAGCCGAGGUUGUUACUGACUCGUAUAUCGUUGUCCUCAAGAACCACUUGAAUGCAGAAAAGGUCGAUGGCCAUACCAGCUGGGUCCGCGACUUGUCGGGUGAGAAGGACGGCAAUAUCUUUGAUGCAUGGCUUCAUCCUGAUAGCAUCGGUAUCAGACAUGUUUACGACAUGCCGGGUCUCUCGGGUUAUGCUGGCAAAUUUGGCAAGGAUGUUGUGGAUCUUAUCCGUCGAUCAGAGGAUGUUGCCUUUAUCGAACGUGACUCCAUGGUCUACACCAGCGAGCUGCAACGCGGCGCUCCUUGGGGUCUUGCUCGUAUAUCGCACAGAAACGCCCUGACGCUUGAGAAUUUCAAUAGAUACGAAUACAAGGCAGAUGGCGGCGAAGGCGUCAAUGUCUACGUCAUCGAUACCGGUGUGAACUACGAACACGUCGACUUUGAUAACAAUCGUGCCAAAUGGGGAAAGACUAUCCCGAAAGGCGAUGAUGACGAAGAUGGCAACGGCCACGGCUCUCACUGCGCUGGUACUAUUGCAGGCAAGCGUUUCGGCGUGGCCAAGAAGGCCAACGUUACCGCGGUCAAGGUGCUCCGAUCCAACGGCUCUGGAACCAUGGCAGACGUUAUCGCUGGCGUUGACUGGGCCACUGAGAAACAUACCAAGGCUGCGCUUGCUGCCAAGAAGGCUGGCAAAAAGUUCAAGGGCUCGGUUGCCAACAUGAGUUUGGGUGGUGGCAAGGUCACUGCACUUGAUAUGGCUGUGAAUGGCGCCGUUGAUGCAGGCAUCGUCUUUGCUGUAGCUGCCGGUAACGACAACAGCGACGCAUGCAACUACUCGCCUGCUGCUGCCGAAGGCGCCAUCACAGUCGGUGCCUCGACCUUGUACGAUGACCGUGCCUACUUCUCCAACUAUGGUCCAUGUGUGGAUGUGUUUGCUCCUGGUUUGAACAUCCAAUCCAUCUGGCGCGGCAGCAAGUAUGCCACCAACACCAUUUCCGGCACCUCCAUGGCCUCGCCGCACGUUGCUGGUCUGGCAGCAUACUUCUUGAGCUUCGAAGAGGAGGGUGCCAGCCCCAAGGAUAUCAAGCAGAAGAUCCUAGACUUGAGCACCAAGGACAAGCUGACCAAGAUUCCCAAGGACACCCCCAACCUCCUGAUCUACAACAGCGCUGAUGAGUAGGUUUAGGUUGUUUGUAUAUUUGUCUUUCUUUCUUUCUUUUCUUCUUUCUGUGUAUAGAAGCUUUACUGUACAAUUUCUUCCUUCGAACUACAUACUUCUUCAUUCUAUCCCCCAUCUCUCUCUCUCUCUCUCUCUCUCUCCCGCCCCUUCUCACGCUCGCUAUCCCCACUGCUCCUUCCUUCUCUGCGCUACACAUCACAGACCACAUACAAUUGCACAUAUCUGUGUAACAGAGACGCCAUCACGCCCAACUCUUGUACGUUCUACUUAUGAUCAUAUGCAACUUUGGUUGUCUUGCUUUUCUUAUACUGCCAUUUUCUUCCUUUCUGUAUUGCAACAAAUAAAUAUGAACGACUGAUCAAAUGUA